AAGCCUGAAUCCGGAGCCUUACCGUCACGCUUCUAAUCCAACGGUGAAGAUCUCUUCUCUCACUUAAUAUAACCCUCCAACAUUUACCUACAUAAACCCCACUUCCCAAUAUAGGGUUUUAGUCGAAUCCUUCAAAAACCAGAGGGAGUGAAGCCACACAUAAGAAGGUUGUACGAUGGCGUUUCUUACUAAAUUGGGAAAUAUGUUACGGCAGACUGCUAAUAGGCAGAUCACUUCUGAGAUCUCUGCAUCAAGACCAUCCAUCUAUCAAGCAUUAAGAUGCAUGUCAUCCUCAAAAAUUUUCAUUGGAGGUAUUUCUUUCCAGACAGAUGACAACGGUCUGAAAGAGGCCUUUGAUAAAUAUGGCAAUGUUGUUGAAGCAAGAAUCAUUAUGGAUCGUGAUACUGGCAGAUCUAGAGGAUUUGGAUUCGUUACUUACACCUCCAGUGAGGAGGCCUCUAGUGCCAUCCAGGCCAUGGAUGGACAGGAUCUUCAUGGUCGCCGUGUUAGGGUGAAUUAUGCAACUGAAAGGCCUCAGCGUACCUUUAACAAUAAUUAUGGCAACUAUGGUGGUGGAGGAUACGGCGGCGGCGGUGGAGGAUACGGCGGCGGCGGUGGAGGAUACGGCACUGGUGGAGGAUAUGGCUCUAAUUAUGCUGGUCAAAGCACUUAUGACGGUGGUGCUGGGAAUUAUGGUGCUGCUGCUGGUGGUGGCAGAAGCGAUGGCUAUACCAACACCAGUGUUGAUGGUGGAUAUGAUGGAAAUGCUGGAUUGGGUUAUGGUGGCGGCAAUCAGUUUGGUGCCAAUGAGAGUAGUGGUGAUGGUUUGAACCUAGAUGAUGCGUUGGACAAAAACUCCAAGGAAGAUGAUGAUGCUGGUGAUUUUGCCAAAAGGGUAUGAUAUAAUGCUGUUUCUGGAGGAAGCUGUUGAAGUUGCUUAUUAAAGUAAAUUUUUUUUUCCUCUUCCCUACCCUUCUUUGAACUUUGUUAUAUCACUUAUUUCGGACUUGGUUAUAUGUGAAGAGCAUCACUUUGAAGUAUUUUCUUUAAGAAACAGAAUUGAUUAGAAAAUAAUUUCAGUUUCUCUC